ACGUCGAGCCAUGGUUAAUAUCGGUCGGAAGAUGGCCACGCGGUGGGACGGUAUCACAAGCAUCAGAGCACGGGGCCGGAUUACCUCCCCGCCUGGCAUGGCAUCGCUCCUAUAAAGACAGGCCGGAAGAUCGACAUCAGCGGCAGGAGACGUCCUCUUCAGCCUCCAUACUUUUGCGUGCUCAAGAAAAGUACACAACUUCUCACAUCCAAAAUGGUCCACUUGGCUUCAGCCCUCUUGGUGGCCGGCGCGGCCUUCGCCGUGGCUGCGCCCGCGAGCGAGAUCUUCGAGCGCCAGGAAUGCGCGGUCAGCGACAGCUACCCAACGGUCAACGAGGCCAAGCUCCCCGACCCGUUCACGAACGCGGCGGGCGACAAGAUCACAACCAAGGCCGACUUCGAGUGCCGCCGGGCCGAGAUCAGCAAGAUCAUGCAGCAGUACGAGCUCGGCGAAUACCCGCCGGCGCCGGACAGCGUCGAGGCGACGAUGAGCGGCACCGGCAUCACUGUCAAGGUGACCGUCGGCAGCAAGAGCAUCUCCUUCUCGGCAGCGAUCCGGAAGCCAUCUGGCAGCGGCCCCUUCCCGGCCAUCAUCGGCAUCGGUGGCGCGUCGAUCCCGAUCCCGAACACUGUGGCCAGCAUCACGUUCAACAACGACGAGUUCGGCGCGCAGCAAGGCGGCGGUUCGCGCGGCCGCGGCAAGUUCUACGACCUCUUUGGUAGCGGCCACACGGCCGGCUCGCUCACGGCGUGGGCGUGGGGUGUGGACCGGCUGAUUGACGGCCUGGAGCAGGUCGGCGAGGCGUCGGGCAUCGACACCAAGCGCCUUGGCGUGACGGGCUGCUCGCGCAACGGCAAGGGCGCUUUCGUCGUGGGCGCCUUCGUCGACCGCAUCGCGCUCACGAUCCCCCAGGAGUCCGGCGCCGGUGGCGCGGCGUGCUGGCGCAUCAGCGACCAGCAGAAGUCGAGCGGCGCCAACAUCCAGACCGCGCAGCAGAUCAUCGGCGAGAACCCGUGGUUCUCCAAGAACUUCGACCCCUAUGUCCGGACCAUCCCCACGAUCCCGCAGGACCACCAUUUCCUGUCGGCCAUGAUCGUGCCGCGCGGGCUGGUCGCGUUCGAGAACAAUAUCGACUGGCUCGGCCCCGUGUCGACGACGGGCUGCAUGAAGGCCGGCCGUGCCAUCUACAAGGCCUUUGGCGUGCCCACCAACAUGGGCUUCUCGCUCGUCGGCGGGCACAACCACUGCCAGUUCCCGAGCAACCAGAACGCGGAGCUCACCAGCUACAUCAACUACUUCCUGCUCAACGGCGACACCGCUCCCCCCGAGGUCGAGCGCAGCGACGUCAACGCCGACCUCGCCAGCUGGGCACCGUGGGCCGCCAGCGCCCCGACUCUGUCGUAAAUCGUCUGAGGAAUGGGUCCUUGAGGGUUCGCGGGUUUGCGGGUCUUUCCUCGGUCCUCAUGCUGUGGUGAAGGAAGGCGGUCGCGAUGAACGGCAGCUGAUGGUGGUGGUGAUGACAAAUGUAACCUGUAAAUAUGGCAGAAACAUAUCAAACCCUCUUUCUUUGGUGCCGAAUCCGUUGCCGGCUUCAAUUGCCACAUCCUCUCGCGAGUGUGGAACCCGAUGUGAGCCGAAGUGAGGUUGUUCGUUGAGUCAAACAAGCCAGACUCCGAGACUUGGCUCGGAUAUAAUGUCAUUCACCCCAUAUUCCCGGGGUGUCCGGAACCGCCUCUCGAGCUCUGGUGCGCUCUGGUGGAGAGACGAGAAAGAGAAGGUCGGUUGGUGAAGAGGGGUCUCAAGCGCGUGUCAUGUUAGGAAAGAACUGUUGCGAUAUCGAAC